AUGCUGCCGCCAGUAACUGUCGGCGGUCUAAACCUCAAACUGGGCGGAGGCUUUUCCGAGGAGGGGCCUUGGUCGUCGUCGGGUCGCGGGGGUGAAGCGAGGCUGGGGCUGGAUCAGUUCAGGAACGACCACGUCCAGAAAGUAGAGCUCCAGGCGCCCUUGCUGCUGUACGGCAGCGGCAAAAGAGGCUGCGAUCGGGACGUCAACCGGUCUCAGCUGCUCCUGGUCAAGGCGGUUUUGGGCUUGGAGCGCGUCCGGUCGGAAGUGAACAUCUCCGCAUUGCCGAGACCCCUGUUAUUCAACCGCGGCGUGUACGUUAUUGGUGGCGGCGUCGAGGACGAGAGAGAUGGCAGCAGCGGCGGCGGCGGAGGGGGGAAGGGCGGCGACGGGUUUCACGUUUGCCACCCUUUGCCGGACGCGUGGCUGGAGAUCGGCAGGCGCGACUCGUUUGCCCCGGCAUCAGGUGCUCGGAACCGAGCCGGUUCGUGGGAGAGGCACCUCGAAACGAUGGUGGUGGUGGCAAUAGCAACAGCAACAGCAACAGCAGGCAGCGGCAUUGGGCCGCGUGUCGAUCUUCGUCUCCCACCCGCCGUGACGUCGCGGCAAGUCCGAGAAGGACAGCAACAGCGGCAGCUGCAGCGACAGCAGCAGCAGCUGAAUGAGGACCAGCGGCUGCAGCAGCAGCAGGGCGAGCAACAGCCCCGACCGCAACGACAAGUUGCGGCGAGAAGUCCACGCCACCGCCGCAGCACCACCGUCACCGACAACGACAACGACAACGGCGUUAUCAGUAGACCAACCUGGCUGCAAGCACCACCGCUCAAAACCGCCGCCCAAACCUCAGCAAGGAUAUCGGCACCGACUCCGACAGACCGGCGCGGAUGGCAAGUCCAGUGCUCGGUGUUUGGACAUCAAUUUCGAGCGGACAGGCCGAUGGGCGCACCUGUGCCCAAGCCGAUAGUACCCAAAGCUGAAAACGCGGCGGAGGACGGGCUUCCCCUCGGAGGGGUCGAGGCGCAUGCCUACCUCCAGUGUGGGGUUGAGCGAUUACGGGGGCUGUUUGGCGGGGAUGGCGACGGUGGUGGUGGUGUUCUCACGGUGGAGCUGUUGCAUCGAGGCGAAACGGGGGACGACGAUGUUGUGUGUGAAAGCGGCGACGACCGGGACCUUGUUCGAUGCUACUGCGAGGUCCCGCUCGAGACGCUGGUCGACAGCCGUAUCGUCGAGGGUACGUUCCCGUUGCUCGACCGCAGAAUCACCGUUCCUGCGGGCGACAGGGACGGCAAAAACAGCGAAGGUGGCGGUGAUGACGUCUGCGGAAGUCGAGAACACCUCCAACGGCGGGACGAGAAACGAACGAUGAGGAGAAGAAUGUCGUCGUACCUGGGAGGCCUCUUUGAUCCGUCGCUCGAGCUAGCCGUGCACCUGUACCGAAUGGGACCUUUAAACAGCUACAACAGCAGCCCCGGCGGCAACAAAAGUUCGCUGCUGGCUGGGGGCAACAACGCGGCCGUAGCUGGAGAAAGCACCACCACAUAUGGGGUUCGAGAAGAAGGAGGUGGUGGUGGAGGUCGCGAGGAAAGGGGUAGCGAUGAAGGCAGCGGCGGCGGCGUUGCAGAUCCGCCAGCGGGGCCAAUUUUGUGGAAACCCCCGUCGCUUGUCGAAAGGGGGAAGGUCGGGCGUCGGUCUCCUGUCGUCACGUUGUACGAACGACCGCAGAUGGAAGUGAGGAGUGAGCAGCAGUAG